AUGGAAGAUAUCACCCCUCCGUUUCUUGGUGUCUCCAAAGCGAGACCGAUCCUACAGUGCGUGGUCAAGGGAACGCAGCUGCCAUCCAGAAAAGGCCCUGUAGGCUCCACCGACCUCGACGAAAACCAUCCUAGGUCCAUCAUCAAUCCCCCAACCAAAAGCCUGUUUCGCGAUCUGAUUGCCGAUGAGAAUGGAGCCAAAAUUCUCCUCGACAAUUAUUUGGAGAGAGUGAUUACGCAGUAUCCUAUAUACCACCGGACUGAUGUGACGACAGCCUUCAACUCCAUUUAUCCCAAUAAGGCAUUAAAGCCAGACGAGGACUCUGUUCGUCACCAAUACGUUGUAUGCAUGGUAAUGGCUAUUUCGCUGAGUACGCACGCCCGGAAGAAUGUAGCAAAAGCCAAUCAGCAAGCGUUUCAGCUUGUCAGGUGUGCCAUGCAGUGGAUUCCAGAAGUUGCAACAAACGACAUUGCUGGUCUGCAGGCGAUCCUUCUCCUGACACAAUACAUCUUCCUGAACCCGGGUAUGGCGGACCUCUGGCUUCUUACAGGUCUGAUAAGCCAAUCAGUGAUAGACCUUGGUCUGCAUCAAGAAUUGCCCAUCGACGCCCAAAUAUCCGACUACCAACGCGACAUGCGGCGACGCCUGUUCUGGUGCGCAUGGGAGAUGGAAGUCGGAGUGUGCUCCAUCUUUCUGUUUCCAACUAGCCUGCCCAUAAAGGGGAUUCAGGUGAAGUUCCCACUAGAGAUCGACGACACUGCCAUCACCCAGCAUGGCACCGUCCCUGAAGGGCGGAUAUCCAAAUUCACCCAACGGAUCAUAUGCAGCUUCCGACUGAUCGAAGCAGAAUUUGUCUCAGUCAUGUGGCAGCAGGAGCCAAUACCGCAGGAAUUCGAUUCUCUCGAAAGUUGGGGCCAAAGUUGCAUUGACCGCAUUUGCCAGUGGCAACAAGAGAUUUACGCUGCAGCGCGCGCAAACCAAGACCCGGGCCUUCUAGCAAGGUGGGAAGAAAUGACGUUGUACUCCGACAUUGCUGUGCCAUACGUCUACUUUAUGCUCAAUCGACCAUCGAAGCGCACACCAGUCCCUACCACGGAUCAGAGGAUGGUCGCAUUGGCAAACGCAGUGAAGAUUGCUGCAGGCUACUUCAAACAGGCAGAAGCUGCUCCUGGGAGGAUCAAAUAUGUGUUUCACCCGUGUCAUCAUGUCUUCCACUCCGCUAUCGUCUUCUUGGAAGGUCUGCAGUAUUGCAAGCCCGAGGUUCUCACUAUGUAUUCUUGGGAGCAGGUGGAAGAGUUCAUGAACGUCUUCGCAGAGUGUUUUCGUUCGAUCCGCGAACGAUGGACUGCUGCCACACGUUGUCUCGAAGAGUAUGAGCGGUCCUUAGCGCCUGUAAAGCAGGAGUACAUGGAACUUUACGCCUCGAAGGCGAGCAUCAGGGAGCUCACAGUGCCGCCAGCUAUCGCUCCUACGGUGUGUGGUCCGAGUUUUCACGACGUCCCUGGUCUUCUCCCAACCGAAGUCGGAGGAUGUCUGUCUCACUGGAAUCUUUUCAACCCCACUGCCACGUCAGAACCUGUCGAACCACUCAAUGCAUACACAUACACAACCACGCCUCGCGACUGGAAUGCAGAGUUUCACCUAUAUCCCAGCGUUGAGCAUGUGCACGGGAUGGAAUCUCAAUGA